UAUGCAAGGACGUAUCAGUCGCCCGGCGAGCGCGCGGGAAAACAUCGCGAACUUUUUAAAAGUUACGAAUCAUAGACUACUUAUACAAGUAUACAGCCAGUGUUCCAUGACACGUGUUAAUGGUACUGAAUGAUUUUUAGUGAACAGAGAGAACAGAGAUCGUUCCCGAAUGAAUAUUGAGCUCAGAAACGGAGCCAGGAUGACAUCGCAUGAAGAUGAAGACAAAUAGAAACACAUUCCCUAAUGGGAAACCAGAACAGUUGAAACACAACAAGAAACUUUUACAUUUACGCGGACUAUAAAAUAUAAGAAUGACUUGAUUCUUAUAGUUUUUCCGCGUGGUUCCGGUGUCGUGAUCCAAAUUCUAAUAACAGUCAAUUCACGUUAUCAUCCGACCAGAUCAGAAUUUUUUUGGGUGCACCCAAAAGUACUUGAUUAAAGGUUUUUCAUAACAAUAGUUUCGCCUAUUCAAAUAUUGACAGUCCAUAAAAACUUUACAAUUUACCAAAGUUCAAUCAACUAUAAAGUGCUAAAUCGGCGUAUGACUCAGUGUUUUUUAGACGUGCCAUUGAAAUAGUGAUACACUGUUAUGGUGAUACAUUUGUGAAACCGUGCCAACAUGGCUUGUAAGGGGGCCCUUCUGUUCUGCGUCUUUGUAAUAUCUCUUGCAAUCUGCCAAAGACUGGUGCAGGCGCAGCUUACGAACACCGAGCUAAGGCCGGUGUCCCGAACGACAGAAGCGACUCGAACAAACGGCACGGCGUUCGCAUGGAGCGCGUGGGGCCCGUGGAGCAAGUGCUCCAAGACGUGUGGGGGCGGCGUCUCCGUGCAGGAGCGGCAGUGCUUACCCAGGGAUCCUUCGAGAAUGCGACGUAGUAGAAAGAGAAGGAAAUUGAUUCGGAGUACGGAGCGUCUACGAAGGGCUCGCGAUAUUCCGAGCGGGGAUCCUGACUGCCCCGGCCUGGCGAGGCGGUACCAUGAGUGUAACACUGAGCCGUGUCCAGGCCCACUACGUGACUCCCGCGCCGAUCAAUGUGCUGUGUACGACCGGCGGCCGUUCCGAGGGAGGUUCUACACCUGGGUGCCCUAUGUUGAUGGUGACUCACCCUGCACCCUGAACUGCCGGCCCCGUGGUCAGCAGUUCUACGCCUCCCUGGCCCUUGUGACUGACGGUACCCCGUGCACCAAGCCCGGCUACAGGGCCAUCUGUGUACAGGGAUCCUGUAAGAUUGUGGGUCGAGAAGGAGUCCUAGGCUCGACCGCGUCCCGCGAAGUGCGAUGCGGUCGCCGGCUGGUCUCCGGCCUGUUCUCCCGGCCGAGAUUGCCCCUCGGCUACUCCUACGUAACCACGGUCCCGCGCGGGGCAUGCCGCCUCAACAUCUCGGAGAUCGUGACCAGCGAGAACUAUAUCGCUUUAAGAGUGACGAACGGGUCCUACAUAAUGAACGGCGAGUUCGCCGUGAGCGCGCCUGGCAUGUACGAGGCCGCAGGCGCGAGGUUCAAGUACUCGCGCGCCGCAGGCCUCGACGCUGUCUUCGCGCACGGGCCCCUCCACCAUCCCGUAGAUAUUAUGAUCCUGUACACUCAGCCGAAUCCGAACAUAAAGUAUGAAUACUUAACCGACACGGAACCUGAUGAAACAAACGACAUACCAACAGCCAGCCCUCCAGAGCCUCAUUAUCCCCAACGACAUCACCGGCACUACAACGCCGAGUCCCACACUAGGGCUCUUGAUCAUCCCAUUCAAGAUCCAUCUUUGCCACCAAGCUUUGAGAACCAAGCGGAUUCAAACGCAAUUGGAGAAAGAAGAUUCACAUGGAAGAUACUCUCAUUUACACAAUGUACACGAACAUGUGGUGGAGGUCUUCAAAUUGGUAAAUUCAGAUGUGUGGAAGUAGACAAACUGACCGGCCGUGAUCGAGAGGUUUCCACGGUGCAUUGCUCGGGGAGUACUCCUCCGGCGCGUCGACGUCGGUGUGGUGUUACUCCGUGCCCGCCGAGGUGGAGAGCAGCUGCGUGGGGACCUUGCCCGGUUUGCGGGCCUGCUCAUCGGACAAGGAUUGUUGGAUGCGUCCAGGACCAUGCUCGAGGAAUUACCAAGGUCAGCGACCAGAAAUGUCCCCUUCCCAUGCCUCCGAGCAGCGAACUCUGCGACAUCCCCAACUGCGACGGAACUGUUACCACCGAAACUCCAAGACCUGAUACUAGGCGUCAGGUCCGACCGAGAGACAGAACUGAUUCCUUCCAUGAUGGCCCAGUUAUAUCGCUUGCACGAAACGUGUCUGAGAAUGAAAUCGGCCCGACGCUAAGUCAACAAGCGUUUAGUCAUUCUGGUGGUGGAGGAUGGUUGUAUACUGAGUGGUCUGAGUGUGUUGGCUGGUGUGUCGGCGGUGGUGUUCAAUCUCGAGGAGUCCGAUGUGCUGACCCAGCUGGCUGCACGAGUCACCGCGCGCCAGUAUCAUCACAAAGCUGCUCUGUGAGGAAGCAGUGCGACGCGCAAUGGUUCACUGGUGAAUGGUCCCCAUGCUCAGCGUCAUGCAGCGGGCGCCAGGUCAGGGGAGUGGUCUGCAUCGGGGGCACCGGGCGCCGGCUGCGGGACGGCUCGUGCCGCGCACCGAAGCCAGACACUGAGCGAGCUUGCGGGGGCACUUGCGCUCCUAGCUGGUACCUGAGUGAUUGGAGCGAGUGCCAAGGCCCCUGCGAGGCCGGCAUCCAGAGCCGCACCGUGUGGUGCGCGCGCGGCGGCGCGGACGGCGCGGAGGGCGCGGCGCGCGACUUCGAGUGCAGCACCCAGCGGCCUCUGGCGCGGCGGACGUGUGUGCCCGCUCGCUGCUCGACGAGGCCUGCGGUCAGGCCUGCGGUCAUCAGUCCUCCUGCUGUUACAGACCCACAACAGCGAGUGACAAGAAAUCAAAGUCCAAACACGCAGAAUACAAGAGACCGGACAACUGCUAAUGGUCAAUGCAUAGACAAAUUAAGCACCUGCGCCCUUGCGGUGCAGGCCCGUCUUUGCCACUAUCCGUAUUACGCCGACUAUUGCUGCCGUUCCUGCCAUGGCCGGUAAACAUG